AUGGCAAAUGCAUUAGCAAAUGAUGCUUUGAUAUAAUAAGAAAUUGAUUAAUAAGUAAUUUAAAAUCCAAAGCUAUCAUUUGCUUAAAAGAAGUUAUUAAGAAAAUCAAUUCUAAAAGCUAGUGUAGCAAAUGCUCCUAAGAAUAGUUCAUUUUAAACAAUAUUAAGUGUUAGCAACACAAUGGUUGGAUCAUCAUUAUUAGUAAUACCAGUAUUAUUUUAAUAAUCUGGAAUUUUGAGUGCAUUAAUAGUUGCAUUAAUAUUUGGUUUAAUAUCAUGUAAGACUUGUUCACUAUUGAUGGUUCAUAAUAAACUUGAGGAAUUAGAUUUACCUCAAACUAUAAUGAGAAUACUUGGUUAAAAGUAUAAUUUAAUUUUUAAUAUUACGAAUAUCAUAAUUUUAUACUUUGCUGGUGUAGUAUAUUUUAUUUUAAUAUGCAAUAUGUUAUACUCACUCUUACAGUUAGUAUGUAAUUAAUUAGAAAUGAAUUAUGCUUCUAAAACUGAUAUAGUUUUGAGUUAAUUAUCAUAUUAAUGGUGUGGAAUUGUUUAUAUGUUUUUGUUAUACUUGAUUAUGUUAUAGAAGAAUUUAUCUUUGAUUAUAAAAUUGGUUCAAUAUGGAGUUAUAUCAGUUAUAGCUUUGAUAUUAUAUAUCAUAACAAAUGGAAGUAUUAAUAUGUAAUAGAUUUUAAACGCCAAUUUAUUCACAUUAGAUGUGGUAACCUUAUGUGGUGUAUUUUCAGUGGCAUUUAUGGUACAUUCUUGUAUAGUUCCAAUAAUGAAAAAUAAUUUGGAAUAGUAGAAUAAUUUGAGAGAUAUAGCAAUUAGUUUUGGAUGGACUUGGAUAAUUUAUGCUUUGGUUGGUAUAUUUGGAGCAAUUGCUAUAUAAGGAAAGAUAGUAAAUCCUUCAGGUGAUGGUUCUACUGUAUUAGAUUAUUUAGAAUAGAAUUUAUUUUCUUAUGGGAUUCAAGUAUUAUAAUUACUUUAGUUAACAACAGUAUUUCCAUUACUAUCAUUUAUAACAAGAUCUUAAUUUUUUACUUUGAUAUAUAAAUUAGAAUAACCUCCUUAAAAAUGGUUUAUUAUAUAUACAACUGGAGUGGCAUUAAGUACUUUGUUAUUUCAAUGUUUUAACAUUAGUGUAUCUUUAAUUUUAAGUCUAUCAGGAGCUGUGAUUGGAUUCUUCUAGAUCUAUUUGAUUCCAAUUCAACUUCAUUUAACUUGUCUUUAUGCAAAAUAGAAAAUAAAUGAUAAUAGAGCGGGAUUAAUCAAUGAUACAAUUUAAUAUCUAGAGAAUCCAGAUGUAUCAAUAUUUGAUGAAUAAGAUUAAAAAUGUAUAGAUCAUUCAAAUCUUAAAAAAAGAUAUAAUAAAUAAAUUAGAUUUACUUUAUAUAAUUUGAUAAUGUUCUUUGGAGCAAUAAUGGGAUUUCUAAAUAUAGUUACUCCAUUCUUGAAAUGA